GGCCAGUGGAGCCUUCAGAGCAUUAAUCGGAUUUACCUGUCGCCCGCACAAUGCACCCUGUGUACCGGCGACUUUAGCUUACUACGUGGCGCCAGCAAAACGACGCUCCAACCUAUAAAAGAAAAUACAGAGCCAUUUUUACACUAGAAGAACAUAAAUCCUAAUACUACACACACGUCGAACAAGUCCUAUUACAAUGAAAGCUAUAAUUUGGCUGCUACAAGUAAUAUUAGUGAGCACCGUCGCUGGAUAUGAAGAUAUAUUUUCACGGAGCGUCGACUCGUGUAACUUAUUCCGCGAUGUGACACAAGAAUACCGUAUAUCUGUUUACGAGUUCACCGCUCAGGCAUACAAGGACAUCGGGCCUCGGAGUUCGUACCAUUUCACAUUCUCCCCUCUGUCCGUUUGGAUAAUUCUCGCCGCUUUGGCUGAGGGUGCCGACUCUUACACGCAACAACAGAUGUUUUGGUUCCUAAGACUCCCAAGCGACCCCUGUGAGCGACUGAACUACUAUCAAUUAGCUACAAGUCGAUACCUCGCCAGUAGUUACGUAAAUGUCGUCUCAACGCGUUCGAUGCUUUUCGAUAGUAAUGUGGCGUUGAAUCCUGACUGGUAUAACUUUGUAGCGAAUAACCGUCUCAUCGAUUUAUCGUCGGUGCCAUUACGGGACGAUCCCCAGGGAGCGCUUAACGCUAUUAGCCUUUCUUCAGUCAGUUUGACGGGUCUCGACUUGAGUGGCAACUCUGUUAUCGUCGAUACGAUGGACUAUGAGGGUUUGUGGAGCACUGCCUUCUCAGACGCGACGGUCCAACGUUCACCAUUCUAUAACAUGGCUGGAAAGCAAAUAGGUGAAGUUGAUUUGAUGCGAGUGACGAAGCGCGCGAAAACAGGCUUCGUUGAAAGUAUCAAUGCGAAAUUUUUGGAUCUUCCUAUUGGCUUGAAUGGUCGCUACCGAAUGUUAUUUGCUUUGCUUAAGGAAAAUAGUGAUGUCGAAGCUAUUCUCAAAAAAGUUAAGAAUACGUUAAUUAUUGAGUACUUAGAAUCUGCACGUGAGAGCAAUGUCCCAGUGGAAAUCGCUAUACCGAGGUUUUCGAUGACUACUCAAGUUAAUGUUCGAGUUAUACUAGAGAAAUUGGGAAUCUCUGGAUUCUGGACAAAUCCAAAUACUACCAGGCACAUAUCCACUCCGCCGGCGUUACCGACCAGUUUCGUGCAGCGUUCCACCAUAACCCUGGACAACCAAGGCAUCAGACCAGCCCCAGCAACCACAGACUCCUUGGUUAACGUAACCACGAACAUUGAUCCCGUUGUAGGAAGGGAGUUCGUGGCUAACCGACCGUUUCUGUUUGGACUCUUUGAUGCAGAAAUGUAUUCAUGUUUGAUGUCUUCCAUUUAUAGUCAGCCUACUUAUAUACAUUAAAUGUUAAUGAUGAUGUUAA